CAAAAUGCUUUGCAUUUCUGUCUCUACAUAGUCUCUAUAUACUCACCCGUGCCAAAGCGUUCCGUUCACAGACAAAAGCUCCCCACUGCAGCCAUGGCCGCCGCAGCCUCCAUGGUCUUCUUUCUAGCUGUGGCUCUAGCAGCGGCCAGCAACAGUGACGCGGCGCUCGUUGAGCACACAUUCGUCGUGAGCCAGGUUAAGUUAAAUCGCCUUUGCAACGACACGCUGAUGACCGUGGUGAACGGGCAAUUCCCAGGCCCAGCGAUAGAGAUCACAGAGGGAGAUUCGGUGGCUGUUCAUAUCGUCAAUAUGUCGCCUUAUGGAUUAACAAUUCACUGGCAUGGAGUGUUGGUGCAAAUGAAUUGUUGGGCGGACGGAGCCGGGAUGAUAACCCAGUGCCCCAUCCAGCCCAACAACAACUUCACCUACCGAUUCGAUGUCGUCGGGCAGGAGGGCACGCUGUGGUGGCACGCACACGUCGCCAGCCUCCGGGCAAGCAUCCAUGGUGCCUUGAUCAUCCGGCCAAGAGCCAGUUUAUAUCCGUUUCCCAGGCCUGACAAGGAGAUUCCCAUUAUUAUAGGUGAAUGGUGGGAGAUGGACCUUGUUCAGCUAGACAGGAGGCUCAGGAAUGGUUUGCUUUUUGAUAUGCCCAGUGCAGCUACCAUCAAUGGGAAGCCUGGAGAUCUCUACAACUGCUCCGGGGCCAUCAAAGAGACUAACAUUCUGAGCAUCGAGCAUGGCAAGAAAUAUCUAUUACGAAUAGUUAACGCCGUGCUCAACUCGGAGUAUUAUCUAAAGAUCGCCGGGCACAAGUUCACGGUGGUCGGCGCGGACGCCAACUAUGUCAAGCCGUACACCACGGACGUAAUCGCCAUCGCGCCGGGUCAGACAGUCGACGCUCUGCUUGUCGCCUCCGACGCGCAUAAUCCUGGUGGCAGGUACUAUAUGGUCGCCAAGGCCAACCAGCCGCCAAAGCCGGCGAUCCAGAUCUCACGCUUUAUCUCAAGAGCCACGGUGCAAUAUAACAACAACGGUCCUGAAAGCAAACAAGACGAUGAAGAAGCUGAUCCAGUCACUGCACCUGAAAUGCCCGACGAGCACGACCAAAUUACAUCCUUCUACUUCCACGGCAACCUGACCAGCCUGCAGCUGCCUCACCCAGUCCCGGUCAAUGUCGACGAGCGUCUCUUCUUUGCACUUGACUCAGGCUCUUUCUGCGAUGAAGGCGGGUCAUUGCCCUGCGUCAAAACUACCAACAUGACCAUCCACAGGUUCCGUAACAUGGUCGGCACCAUCAACAACAUCUCCUUCCAGCUCCCGGCGACGACGCCAUUGCUCCAAGCGCACUAUUAUAACAAAGUUAGCAGCAUCGACACGCUCCGGGACAUGCCUGACAGGGCGCCCAGGAUGUUUUACUUCAGCGAGACGAUCGAGCCGACGUCCAAGGCGACGUCGGUAAGGAGGCUGCCGUACAACGCUACCGUGGAGAUUGUAUUCCAGAGCCCGCUGCUGGGGGACACCUUCGCUAAUCCCAUGCACCUCCAUGGAUACAACUUCUUCGUUCUCGCGCAGGGGUUCGGCAUGUAUCGUCCGGAAAGGGACGUGAAGAGGUACAACCUGGUGGAUCCGCCGGUGAGGAACACUGUUCAGGUUCCCAUAUUUGGGUGGGCAGCCGUCCGAUUUGUCGCAAACAAUCCAGGUGUGUGGUUUUUGCACUGCCAUUAUGGGCACCACUCGUCGUCAGGCAUGGCAACAACGUUCUUGGUGGAGAACGGGCCAACUUUGGACAUGUCUCUUCCGCCACCUCCGGAAGAUUUGCCAGCAUGCAGUGAGAACUACAAUACUAGGCUAGCAUAUGAAUAAAGGAACUAUGUUGCUAGCUAGUUAUCCCCAUGGUUACUAACUAGUGUAUGCUUCUGGAUCUUGUCGUGAGUUGUUUCUUGAGUGAGACUCACAUAUUUCCUCUUUUUGUCACUGUAUCACGCCUUUAUUUCACACUCUAAUAAAGCAAGAUCAAGAGUGUCGCCGUGCCAUGGAUAUGGUCUUUGCGGUCUGAA